AUGUCCAUCUCCCUCCGCCUCGCCGUCCCGCCGUCGGCGCAGCCCCCCACGCUACGCCGCCGGCAACUGAACCCGAGAGCCCGCUGCAGCAAUGCCGUCGCUGCAGCCAUUGCGCCGGUUGCGUCGUUACGGCCGCCACGCGCGCUCAGGGGAGCCGCGCCUCGACCGGCGGACCCGUGGUGGCGCCGCCGAGGAGACGCCGCCGUGUGCAGCGCGUCAGCGCACGUCAGCGCCGAGACUAUGCAGUGGGCGUCCGUCGGGGCCGCCGCUUUAUUGAUGCUUGCGAAGGGCACGUCUGUACACAAAUCCUUCCUUGUCCCUUUCGUUGCUCUGCAAGCACCUUCUGAGGUCAUCGCAUGGAUCAAAGGUGACUAUGGUCAAUGGACAGCUUUUCUUGGGCUUCUUCUGCGUCUACUGUACUUCAUUCCAGGUGAACUGGAACUUCCCUUGUCGACGAUGCUUUUCAUUAGCAUAGCUCCUCACCAGUUUAUGAACUUGAGGGGGACUCAAGACUCUGUAAUAUUGUCCUUGAUGAUUGCAGCUUACCUCGCGUUCCAGCAUUUCACUGGGGCCAGAAGUGUUAGGAAGGCCUUCGAUCGUGGAGCGAUAGUCGCAACCUUGUCCAUCAUCUGCAUCACGCUUAUCCCUCUCCUGUUCUUGUUCUAA